AUGAACUUCGAUACAGACAAAAAAGAAAAAGAAUUUGGUAAAGUAUAUAGUGUUUCAGGACCAGUUGUAAUUGCAGAAAAUAUGCUUGGAGCUGCUAUGAAUGAAUUAGUUAGAGUUGGUAGUCAAGGAUUAAUGGGAGAAAUUAUUCGAUUAGAAGGAACAACAGCAACUAUUCAAGUUUAUGAAGAAACUGCUGGACUUCAAUUAGGAGAUAUGGUAGAAAGAACAAUGAAACCACUUUCAGUUGAACUUGGACCAGGAAUUAUGACAUCUAUUUUUGAUGGAAUUCAAAGACCAUUAGUUUCAAUUGCAGAAAAAAGUGGAAGUAUUUUUAUUCCAAGAGGAAUUUCAGUAGCAUCACUUGAUCAUCAAAGAGAAUGGGAAUUUACACCAAUAGUUAAAAAAGGAGAUCAUGUUAGUGGAGGAGAUAUUAUUGGUACAGUUCCAGAAAGUGCACUUGUUAUUCAUAAAAUUCUUAUUCCACCAACAAUUAUGGGAACAGUAACAUGGGUUGCAGAAGCAGGAAAUUAUACACUUGAUGAUAAAAUAAUUGGAAUUGAAUUUAAUGGUAAAAUAGAAGAACUUAGUAUGGCACAUCAUUGGCCAGUAAGAAAACCAAGACCAACAGCAGAAAAAAUUACUAGUACAACACCAUUAGUUACAGGACAACGUAUUCUUGAUUCUCUUUUUCCAUGUAUUCAAGGAGGAACAUGUGCUAUUCCAGGAGCAUUUGGAUGUGGAAAAACAGUUAUUUCACAAGCAUUAAGUAAAUAUAGUAAUUCAGAUGUUAUUAUUUAUGUAGGAUGUGGUGAAAGAGGAAAUGAAAUGGCAGAAGUACUUAGAGAUUUUCCAGCUCUUUCUAUUAAAGUAGGAGAUAAAGAAGAAUCUAUUAUGACAAGAACAGCACUUGUUGCUAAUACAUCUAAUAUGCCAGUUGCAGCACGUGAAGCAUCAAUUUAUACUGGAAUUACAUUAUCAGAAUAUUAUAGAGAUAUGGGAUAUAAUGUUGCUAUGAUGGCAGAUUCAACAUCAAGAUGGGCUGAAGCACUUAGAGAAAUUUCAGGACGUCUUGCAGAAAUGCCAGCUGAUUCAGGAUAUCCAGCUUAUCUUGCAGCACGUUUAGCAUCAUUUUAUGAAAGAGCAGGUAUGGUUGAAUGUUUAGGAUCACCAAAAAGAAAUGGAUCAGUUUCUAUUGUAGGAGCUGUUUCUCCACCUGGAGGAGAUUUUUCUGAUCCAGUUACAACAUCUACAUUAAAUAUUGUUCAAGUUUUUUGGGGUCUUGAUAAAAAACUUGCACAAAGAAAACAUUUUCCAGCUGUAAAUUGGAAUAUUUCAUUUUCUAAAUAUAUUAAAUCACUUGAUAGUUAUUAUAAUAGUAAAGAUGAAGAAUUUGUUUCACUUCGUGAUAAAAUUAAAGAAAUUUUACAAAUGGAAGAAGGUUUAUUACAAAUUGUUCAAUUAGUUGGUCAAGAUUCUCUUGCUGAAACUGAUAAAUUAACACUUGAAAUUGCUCGUGUUAUUAAAGAUGAUUUCUUACAACAAAAUUCUUAUACUCCUUAUGAUUUUUCUUGUCCAUUUUAUAAAACUUGUGGUAUUAUUAGAAAUAUUAUUCAUUUUUAUAAUGAAGCUUUUCAAGCUCUUUCUGUUGAUUAUGAAGAUCAUAAAAUUACUUGGAAUACUAUUAAAUCAGCAAUGUCUGAUUUAUUAGUUAGAAUUUCUAGAAUGAAAUAUGAAGAACCUUCUCAAGGAGAACAAGUUAUUAAUGAAAAAUAUGGAGAAUUAUAUCGUGAUAUUACUACUCGUUUUGCUACUCUUUUAGAAUAA